CUCUCCCUCUCUUUCUAUAAAUAACUCCACUUGAUUCUCUCAUUCUCUCUAACUCUUCAUCAUAUAUUUUUGUUUGACCAGAAAAAACUCCAUUAAUUCAUUCUCACUCUCAUACUCUCACUCUCACCAGGAGCUAGCUACCUACUAAUUAAGCUCAGUAGUCGAAGAAGGAAGGAGUCGUCGUGGUCUUGAACUAAUAACCAGUACCGACAUUGUUGUCAGUCUCUCUUCUGAUCGAAAACAGAAAAGUAGGGAGAAAAUUUUAUUAAAGAAAGAUUAUCAAUAAAGCUUCGAAAUCAGCUCUAAUGGUGGAAAUGGCAGUCCCACUAAACCACGUGACUUUUCCUACAACUUAAAAAGAUUCUUUCGCUCUAUGAGAAAAAAACAAUACUUCUUCCUCUCUUCUCUUCACAUUAUACUUACAUUCCCUUAUCACUUCCCCUCUUUGGAAAUUUGAAAGGUGUGAGGAGGAGUUGAGGAUCAUCAUUAAUAAUGGCGGAAACAACAGAAACUAUGAAGAGUAGUAAUAAGAAGAUACCAGAAGUGGAGAAGAAAUUGAAAGAACAAACAUUACCGUUUUAUAAACUAUUCUCAUUUGCUGAUAAAUUUGAUUGUUUAAUAAUGAGUAUUGGUACAUUAGGUGCUAUUAUUCAUGGUUCAGCUAUGCCAGUUUUCUUCUUAUUAUUUGGUCAAAUGGUUAAUGGAUUUGGGAAAAAUCAAAAUGAUUUGAAUAAGUUAGUCGAUGAAGUUUCAAGGUAUUCGCUGUAUUUCGUCUACUUCGGAAUCGUUGUCUGUAUGUCUUCUUAUGCAGAGAUUGCUUGUUGGAUGUAUACCGGUGAGAGACAGGUGAGCACAUUGAGAAAGAAGUAUUUGGAAGCAGUAUUGAAACAAGAUGUUGGAUUCUUCGAUACUGAUGCUAGAACAGGAGAUAUUGUGUUUAGUGUUUCUACUGAUACUCUUCUUGUUCAAGAUGCCAUUAGUGAGAAGGUUGGGAACUUCAUUCACUAUCUUUCAACAUUUUUGGCGGGUUUAGUUGUGGGUUUCAUUUCAGCAUGGAAACUUGCUUUGCUCAGUGUGGCUGUAAUUCCUGGCAUUGCUUUCGCUGGUGGUUUAUAUGCUUACACUGUCACCGGACUAACCUCAAAGAGUCGUGAAUCAUAUGCUAAUGCCGGCAUAAUUGCAGAGCAGGCUAUCGCACAGGUCCGAACUGUUCAUUCAUAUGUGGGUGAAAGCAAGGCCCUAAAUUCAUACUCAGAUGCGAUACAAAACACAUUGAAGCUUGGAUACAAGGCAGGAAUGGCCAAAGGCCUUGGGAUUGGAUGUACCUAUGGAAUUGCAUGCAUGUCAUGGGCGCUGGUGUUCUGGUAUGCUGGAGUUUUCAUCAGAAAUGGUCAGACAGAUGGAGGAAAGGCCUUCACAGCAAUUUUCUCGGCUAUCGUUGGUGGCAUGAGCUUGGGUCAGUCAUUUUCAAAUCUUGGGGCAUUUAGCAAGGGUAAAGCAGCAGGAUACAAACUAAUGGAGGUUAUUAACCAAAAACCUACAAUAGUUGAGGACCUUUCAGAUGGAAAGUGUUUGGACGAGGUUAACGGAAAUAUUGAGUUUAAAGAUGUAACCUUCAGCUAUCCUUCACGGCCAGAUGUCAUCAUCUUUCGAGAUUUCUCGAUUUUCUUCCCUGCAGGAAAGACUGUUGCUGUGGUUGGAGGUAGUGGAUCGGGAAAGAGCACUGUUGUGUCUCUGAUAGAAAGGUUCUAUGAUCCGAAGCAAGGACAGGUCUUGAUUGACAAUGUGGAUAUAAAGACCCUUCAGUUGAAAUGGUUAAGAAAUCAGAUUGGUUUGGUGAACCAAGAGCCAGCUCUUUUUGCAACCACCAUACUAGAAAACAUACUCUAUGGAAAGCCUGAUGCUACUAUUGAAGAAGUCGAGGCAGCUACUUCUGCUGCCAAUGCACACAGCUUCAUCUCUCUGCUUCCCAAUGGAUACAAUACACAAGUGGGAGAACGAGGUCUCCAACUCUCUGGUGGUCAGAAACAAAGAAUUGCCAUUGCUAGAGCCAUGUUGAAGAACCCAAAAAUUCUCCUCCUUGAUGAGGCUACUAGUGCUCUUGAUGCAGGUUCAGAGACCAUGGUUCAAGAGGCUCUAGACCGGCUUAUGGUUGGGAGAACAACAAUUGUUGUUGCCCAUCGCCUUAGCACCAUAAGAAAUGUUGACAGCAUUGCUGUGCUCCAGCAAGGCCAAGUUGUGGAGACUGGUACUCACGAAGAACUUAUAUCCAAGGUUGGAGCUUAUGCAUCCCUUAUCCGAUUCCAGGAAAUGGUGAGGAAUCCAGAGCCUUCAGACCACCGUUCACGUUCAACGCGUCUAAGCAGUUCUCUCUCUACCAAGUCUCUAAGCCUCCGUUCUGGUAGUUUAAGGAACUUGAGCUAUCAAUACAGCACUGGAGCUGAUGGAAGGAUAGAGAUGAUCUCCCAUGCUGACAAUAACCGUAACCGCCCAGCCCCAAAGAACUACUUCUUCCGUCUUCUUAAAUUGAAUGCACCUGAAUGGCCAUAUUCAAUAAUGGGAGCAGUUGGAUCGGUGUUAUCAGGUUUUAUAGGUCCAACCUUUGCUAUCGUGAUGAGUAACAUGAUCGAUGUAUUCUAUUACAAAGAUCUUGCUGCGAUGGAGAAAAAGACCAAGGAAUUCGUAUUCAUUUACAUAGGGUGUGGUCUUUAUGCUGUAGUUGCUUAUCUUACACAACAUUAUUUCUUCAGUAUCAUGGGAGAGAAUCUCACAACUAGAGUAAGAAGGAUGAUGCUCGCAGCAAUCUUAAGGAAUGAAGUUGGAUGGUUCGAUGAGGAAGAAAAUAAUUCAAGCCUUGUUGCAGCUCGUCUUGCCACAGACGCUGUUGAUGUGAAGUCGGCAAUUGCUGAAAGGAUCUCAGUCAUACUACAAAACAUGACUUCGCUUCUUACGUCAUUUAUAGUAGCUUUCAUAAUUGAAUGGAGGGUCUCACUCCUUAUUCUAGCUACCUUCCCACUUCUCGUCCUUGCAAAUUUCGCUCAGCAACUUUCUAUGAAAGGGUUUGCCGGAGACACAGCCAAGGCACAUGCAAAGACAAGCAUGAUUGCAGGAGAAGGUGUUAGCAACAUCCGAACAGUAGCCGCCUUCAAUGCACAAGACAAGAUCCUCUCACUCUUUUGUCAUGAACUUCGCGUUCCUCAAAUCCAAAGCCUUCGUCGAAGUCAGUUUGCAGGAUUUCUCUUUGGUCUUUCACAACUUGCACUCUACGGUUCUGAGGCAUUAAUUUUGUGGUACGGUUCCCACCUAGUGAGUCAAGGGGCAUCAACUUUCUCAAGGGUCAUCAAAGCUUUCAUUGUCCUUGUCAUUACUGCCAAUUCAGUUGCAGAGACUGUUAGCCUUGCACCCGAGAUUAUUCGUGGUGGUGAAGCAAUCAGUUCCGUUUUCUCAAUCCUUGACCGGUCUACUAAAAUUGAAUCCGAUGACUCAGAGGGUGAGCAAGUAGAAACCAUUCGUGGAGAUAUUGAGCUACGACAUGUCGAUUUUGCCUACCCAUCAAGACCUGAACAAAUAGUAUUUAAGGAUCUCAACCUUAGAAUCCGAGCUGGCCAGAGUGUCGCACUUGUUGGUGCAAGUGGCUCCGGAAAGAGUUCUGUGAUCUCAUUGAUUGAACGAUUCUACGAUCCUUUGGCUGGUAAAGUGAUGAUUGAUGGGAAAGACAUUCGAAGGUUGAACCUAAAAUCUCUUCGUCUUAAGAUUGGAUUGGUACAACAGGAACCAGCACUAUUUGCAGCAAGCAUUUUCGACAAUAUUGCAUAUGGUAAAGAUGGUGCAACUGAAGCAGAAGUGAUUGAAGCAGCUCGUGCAGCUAAUGUUCAUGGAUUUGUAAGUGGGUUACCAGAUGGAUAUAAAACUCCAGUAGGAGAGAGAGGAGUACAACUUUCAGGUGGACAAAAACAAAGAAUUGCAAUUGCUAGGGCUGUGCUAAAGGACCCAGCAGUAUUACUUCUAGAUGAAGCUACAAGUGCACUAGACGCAGAAUCCGAAUGUGUUCUUCAAGAGGCUUUAGAGAGGCUAAUGAGGAGGCGAACAACAGUUGUCGUAGCCCAUCGAUUAUCAACCAUAAGAGGUGUUGAUACCAUAUGUGUUGUUCAAGAUGGACGAAUUGUGGAACAAGGGAACCAUUCAGAUUUGAUAACACGGCCUGAGGGUGCGUAUUCUCGGCUUUUACAACUGCAACGCCACAUUUGAAAAUCAACAAUUUUGAAUGCGUUAUCAGUUAAUGUGAAUUGUUCGGCCUCUUGUACCGUUUAGUAGGGUGGAUUUGUCAUGUUUUAUGAGAAAGGUCUAAUAAUUAUAAACCUUUUCUUUCAAUGUUUUUCUCUUUUUUUUCCCCCUUUUCUGAUGGUUGUCGUCUUGUAGAUAUAUGAGAAGAUAAAAAAGUUGUUUCUGAUUCAAGUCUUCAUCUAAUUUUUCCUAAUUUGAAAGAGAAGCAAGUAUAUCUUAAUAGAUAGUUAGAGA